AUGGCGUCCAAGGUGCAUUGGGCCCAGGUGUCCCAUCUUGCACUGGCGGAAAAGGGUGUCUCUGAAAAUGAAUAUGAUGUCAAGGAUGUUGAUCUGUUCGCUGCCGACAACUUCAAUCCUGAAUACUUGAAGGUGAACCCCAACGGCACCGUGCCUAGCAUUACUUCGCCUUCACUAGACAAGAACAUCAUCGAAAGCGUAGAUGUCGCCAGGUGGAUUGAUGGACUAAAGGGAGAGCGCACCUUGGUGCCCUCGGAUGCCGCCGCCAAGAGCAGGGCGCAAGCGAUUAUUGAUCUUGUCCACUCAUACGAUGGCAGGACCGAUACCGUCCUCUUCAAUUCUCGGAAUGACGAAGAGAUGAAUGCGAAGAGAAACUUCGGCUUCAAGGAUUACCUGGAGCAUAAGCAGUUCUACAAGGAGACUGACGAAGCCCUCAAAAUCUGGACCAGAGAGCUGGAGCGGCUGGACUCUCUCCUAGUUCUACCGUAUGCACAGGCGCACGCAAUGUGGGGAGCCGGCUCGGACACGACCCAGAUUCAUAAUUUUGACACCUUGGAGAAGUUGAUUCAAAAGUCCGCCUCUAACUUCAAGUUUGGUGAGAAGACCAGGGAAUGGUGGGCUAGUAUUACCGCCACGGAUUCAUUCAAGAAAGUAUUCCCGCAGUUGUAUUAAUGAAGCAUUGAAAUCAGGAGGACAUCAAUGAC